AUGCCAGGUGACAGUCUAGACAAACAUGUUUUUCCUAGUCACAUAGCACCAGCACGUCAGGCUCAGGUCGCUCGGCUUGUUGGCAAUAAGUGUUCUGUACGUUGUCGUUUUAAUGAUGAAGCUAUCACUGCAUUGUGGGAUACUGGCGCACAAGUUUCAAUCAUAUCGGAAGAAUUUCUUAACAAUCAUUUUCCAACAGUCAGUGUUAGAGAGAUGACAGAACUGUUGGGUGCGAACAGUAAAGUUAAUUUGCAAGCAGCUAAUGGGUCAUCAAUCCCCUACAGUGGGUGGGUGGAAAUGAAGGUGCAGCUAGAAGGCAAAGACAACAAGGAAAUUGUAGUGCCAUUCUUAAUUACAGACAUUAACAUUGGACCCCCUAUUAUUGGGUAUAAUGUGAUCGAGUUAAUUGUAAGACAAGAGACCAGCGAUGGAAACACUAAUCACUUGGCAGAUAGUAUGAUUGCAAGUUUUGGAGGAUACAAGAGUGAAAGCGUUACAAACUUAAUUCGUGUGAUUAACGAGAAUGACCCAGAUGAUCUAUGUUCAGUUAAGACAAAAAAACAAGAUAUAGUAAUUCCAAAAUCACAAACCGUGGAUGUGCCUUGUCGGGCAAACACAGGUCCAGUUAACCGUGCAAUUCCUGUGCUAUUCGAACCACAUGAAUGUCCACAAUUACCCUCUGGGUUGACUAUACAAGAGGAACUAACAUCAGUCAGGCAAGGGAACUCUUCAUUGUUGCACAUUAAAGUCACCAAUGACACAGAUCACGAUAUUACCUUAUAUGGCAGAACUGUUUUGGGACGCUUACAGUUAGUUCGAUCUGUGACGCCGUUAGAAGUUAAGUUUAAAGAGACUAUGGUAAACGAUGUUGGUAACGAAUCCCAGAGUGAGUCUCCACAACCAAAUCGUAGACAAGAACAGGUCGAUCUUGCUGAUGAUGCUGACAUACCUCCAAUAGACUUAACUGGUUUAACUGUUGAAGAGCAAGCAUUGGCUAGACAACUACUCCGCGAAGAACGUGACUCGUUUGCAGCAAGCGAAGAUGAUAUCGGAUGUAUCCCUGAUCUACAAAUGGAUUUAACACUAAAGAAUGACAAUCCUGUUCAAAAGAAUUACAUCUCUAUUCCCCGACCACUAUACCCUGAAGUUAAGGGAUAUAUUGAGGAUUUGUUAAACAGAGGUUUCAUACGAAAGUCAAAGUCGCCAUAUUCCAGUAGCGUGGUUUGUGUAAGGAAAAAGGACGGUGGAAUGAGAUUGUGCGUUGACUACAGAGAAUUGAACAAAAACACAAUACCAGAUCGUCAUCCAAUCCCACGAAUACAGGAAACGUUGGAUGGCUUGGGAGGUAAAUCCUGGUUUAGUGUCCUGGAUCAAGGCAAGGCUUAUCACCAGGGAUUCAUUGGAGAAAAGAGCCAACAUUUGACCGCCUUUAUAACACCCUGGGGCCUUUAUGAGUGGGUCCGAAUACCCUUCGGACUGAUGAAUGCUCCAGCGAACUUCCAGCGUUUUAUGGAGAAUGCCCUCGGAGAUCUCAGAGACGAUAUAUGUAUUCCUUAUUUGGAUGACAUUAUUGUGUUUUCAAAUUCCUUUGCAGACCACAUUGAGCAUUUACGUAAAGUACUUCGAAGAUUGCGAAGCCACGGAGUAAAAUUAAAGCCAUCAAAGUGCACUCUGUUCAAACGUGAGGUGUCCUUUUUAGGCAGAAUCGUCUCACAGAAUGGUUAUCGUAUGGACCCCAAAGCCACCAGUGCUGUGGAAGCCUGGAAGAACACGAAACCACGAACGGUUGGGGACAUCAGAAAAUUAAUGGGAUUCCUUGGUGUUUAUCGUAGACAUAUCAAAAACUUUGCUCAAAAAGCAAAACCAAUGUAUGAGCUCUUGAAAGGACAAUCUAGUUCAACCGGUCACGAGAAAGAAAAGGGAAAAUCAGCACUAUUAGGAAAACGAAGCCAACUGUCAUCGCGUACAUCCGUGGAAUGGACUUCAAUUCACCAAUCAGCAUUAGAAAAUCUAUUAAACGAGGUCACAUCCCCUCCUAUUCUAGCGUACCCGAAUUAUGAGUUGCCUUUCGUUGUUCACACCGACGCGUCACAGGAAGGCCUGGGGGCAGUCUUAUAUCAAGAGCAAAAUGGAAUCCUACGAGUUAUCGCAUAUGCAUCAAGAGCAUUAAGCCCUUCCGAGAAAAAUUACCAUUUGCACUCAGGGAAGUUGGAAUUUUUAGCCUUGAAAUGGGCGGUAACAGAACACUUCCGAGACUACCUAUAUUAUGCUCCAAAGUUCCUGGUCUACACUGACAAUAAUCCCUUGACCUAUGUCCUUACCACCGCGAAAUUGAACAGUACGGGACUACGAUGGGUUGGCGAAUUAGCUGAAUUCAAUUUUGACAUUCGAUAUAGGCCUGGUAGGAUAAACACGGAUGCGGACUGUCUCUCGAGACCACCCUUAGAGAUACGCGAAUAUAUGACAAGCUGUAGCGAAGAGAUCUCUCUAGAAACCAUCCAAGCAACUAUUUCCUCUGUUGAAGCCCACGCAGCCGGUGAUGUAGUUUGGUUGACAGCUGUAACGGACGAGACUAAAGAAAUGGAAGCUGAUGAACUGUUGGAGAGUACAACGUCAAGCAGGCUGAAAGUAAUCGACAUCCUCAAAGGCCAGCAGGAAGAUCCAACGAUCAAACGUGUUCUACAGUUUUGUAAGCUGUGUCAAAAGCCAAAAGUAACUGAUCAACGCCGAGAACCGCCCCAAGUACGGAAGUUCUUAAAUAAAUGGAAACAUUUACACAUUGAUAAGAAGACCGGUUUGCUGUAUCAUAAUCAACAGCUGGUCCUGCCUCAGAAAUUCAAACGGUUGGUUUAUCGCGAAUUACAUGAAGAAAUGGGACAUUUGGGGGUAGAAAGAGUGUUAGCCCUUGCUCGAGAAAGAUUCUUUUGGCUUAAUAUGAGGAAAGAUAUCGAACAUUUCGUACAGCGGACAUGCCGAUGCAUAAAGCAAAAACAACCGAGUCGUCACACCGUGGCACCCUUACACCCGAUCGUUACAACAGCGCCCUUUCAGAUGAUAUCAAUCGAUUUUAUGCACCUAGAACAGAGUUCAGGUGGAUACCAAUACAUACUCGUAGUAGUUGAUCAUUUCACCAAAUUCGCCCAAACAUACCCUACCAGAAAUAAAAAGGGAAAAACUGUCGCAGAUAUUAUCUUUAAUGAUUUUGUCCAGCGGUUCGGAUUUCCGGAAAAAAUACACCACGACAUGGGCGGAGAAUUUGAGAAUGAGUUAUUCAAACGUCUGGAACAGUUGUCUGGAGUGAUGCAUUCACGAACAACUCCUUAUCAUCCCCAAGGAAACGGAUUGGUUGAAAGGAUGAAUCGAACACUACUAGGGAUGCUUCGAACUCUCCCCGAAGCUUACAAGUCUCGAUGGAAAGACCACCUCAGCAAGCUGACACACGCAUACAACUGCACAGUCCAUGAAUCGACAAACUACUCCCCGUUUUAUUUGCUGUUUGGACGUAGCCCAAGAUUACCGAUCGAUUUGAUAUUUGACUUACCACGAGCAUCCGAUACGACAUCACACUCGGACUAUGCAUCAAAAUGGAAGACUGCUAUGCAACAAGCCUACACACUCGCACACAAGGCGACUUCAAAGAAUGCGGCGAAGGGUAAGAAGAAUUACGAUCGACGAGUCAGGUGUUCAAGUCUUGAACCGGGAGAUCGCGUGCUAGUACGCAACCUCACGCCUAGAGGAGGUCCAGGUAAACUUAGAGCAUAUUGGGAGGAAGCUGUACAUGUUGUUGAAUCGCGUAAAGGUUCGGACAGCCCAGUAUAUGAAGUGAAGCCAGAGUCAGGUCAUGGUCGAAACCGCACACUUCACCGUAAUCUCCUAUUACCAUGUGAUUUUCUUCCGAUUGAAAAUUGGCCAGAAAUCGAGCGGACAGUUAUUAAAAGAGUUCCUCCCAGAAGUCCCAUCUCAAAAUCCGGCAACGAAGAAACAGACGAAGAAGAGAGCGUAGAUGAAAGUGAAGAUGAAAUUCGCAUUACUUGGAACACUGACCAAAUCAAUAAUGCUGCAGCCGCAGACGGAGAUUUCGUUGGUGAACCGAACCCAGACAUUGCCGUCGAUGAAGCAGAUGGUGGCGACGCCACAGACGAGUCUUGGGCUGAUGAUGAAAACCAUGAAAUAACUGGAGAUGAACAGGCGAUAGAAAACUCUACAGACGAUGAACAAGAAGAAGUACGUGAUGUGCGUUCGCAACGAAACAGGCAACCGCCCCAGAGAUUAACUUACCUCGACCCAGGGAACCCAGCUUACCUUAGACCCAUCUGCAGCGAAGUCGCCAAUCAAUUUUACCCCAUGUCACCACACGUACCACCUAUGCCACCAUACCUACCACCUAUACCACCAUACCUACCACCUAUACCACCAUACCUACCACCACCUAUGACACCAUACCUACCACCUAUGCCACCCGUAGUACCUACUCCAAGCGAAGUACAACCCUUUGGAUCAGUACCUCUAAAGUGGCUUCCUAUACCUUGUCACCCGUAUACGUGUCCCCCUGUGAUGCCUCUGAACUGGCAAAACCCACCUUUUCCCUACCCAAUCCAGUCAUAUUAA